AUGGCUUCCGACCCCAGCACGGCCGUUGUGCCCCCCAAGCGGGCCGUCACCGACUAUCCCCUCAUUGACUCCGACCCGCAUCUGCGACGCGUGUUCGGAUAUGCUCGUCCCUCAGAUUACGCCGUGGGUGCUGGAGCGGCAGCUGUCUCUCCCAUUGCCUUUUGGGUCAUGGAGCGAGUGAGCCCGUCGCAUGUGGGCCGCGGUGGCUUCUCCCCUGUGAUGCGCCUGGCAACCGCAAUUGGUCUCAUCGGUGGACUUCAUGUGUUUUACCAGCGAUCUUGCCAGCGUUUCUACGGAUUCACCGAGAAUACCCGGGAGGUCGAGAUGGACAUGAGGGAAAUGGUUGAUAAGGUGAAGAAGGGACAGCCUCUCUACGGUGCCUCGAAGGUCUCCGACUAUAUCCAGGGUGUGGCUGCUCGUAACUCUCGCUACUCGGAGCUGUUCAUCCAUGUUCUUCCGUGGUUCAACAUCGUCAACCACGACCAGCACGGUGUCGACACUGCUAAAUACUACCAACAAGCGGAGCGGGAAUUGGAAGCCGAGCGCGUCAAGGCUGCAUGA